CUGUACCCCUCUCCCUCCUCUGUACCCCCUCUCCCUCCCUCACCCUCUCCCUCUCCCUCCGUGAACCUCGACGAAAAUAAAGGAAAAGCAGAACGAGAGAGCAAAGUCGAGACAGACCAGAGAGCCGAAACACAUGCCGCCCGUCUCUCGGCCUCCACGCCCGCCAGCCCCCGUCCUCGGCCUCCACGCCGCGCAGCACCGCCCGUCCCCUCGGCUCACGCCGCCAGCCCGCCGUUCGGCCGGUCCUCCUCCACGCCCGCCAGCCCGCCCGUGCCCUCGCCUCCCACGCCCGCCAGCCCGCCCGUCCCUCGGCCUCCACGCCCGCCAGCCCGCGCCCUCCGCUACGCCCGCCAGCCGCCGUCCCGCCUCCACGCCCCGCCUCCACGCCCGCCCCGCCGUCCACGCCCGCCAAGCCCGCCAGCCCGCCGUCCCUGCGGCGCUCCACGGCCCGCCAGCCCGCCCUUCGUCUCUCGCCCUGCCGCUCGCUCGCCCGUCCCUCCACGCCCGCCGUCCUCGGCUCCGCCCUGCCAGCCACCGCGCGUCCCUCCACGCCCGGCCUCGCACGCCCGCCAGCCCGCCCGUCUCGGCCUACUCUCACGCCCGCCAGAUCCGCUCCGUCCUCGGCCUCUCACGCCCGCCAGCCAGCCGCGUCCCUCGCCCUCCAGCGCCCGCCGCUCCCUCGGCUCUUCCACGCCCGCCCGUCCCUCGCCCUCCCACGCCGCACCGUCCUCCGGCCUCCACGCCCGCCAGCCCGCCGUCCCUCGGCCUCCCACGCGCGCCGCCCGCCAGCCCGCCCGUCCCGUCGCCUCCACGCACGCCGCCGUCCUCGGCUCUCCUGGCCUCUGGCCCGCCAGCCCGCCGUCCCUCGCCUCCACGCCCGCCGCCCCGCCUCGGCCUCCACGCCGCCGUCUUCUCCAUCCACACGCCCUCCGCUCCACGCCCGCCCCCGCCCGUCCCGUCGCCGCCCGCCGCCCGCCCGUCCUCGGCCUCCACGCGCCCGCCCGGUCCCUCGGCACGCCCGCCCGUCCUCGGCCUCCACGCCCGCCAGCCGUUCCCUCGGCGGCCACGCCCGCCCCGUCCCUCGGCUCCACGCCCGCCAGCCCGCCCGUCCCUCGGCCUCCCCGGCCGCCCGUAUCCUCCCGCACUCGUCCCGUCCCAUUUCGGCCCUCCAAUCUCGUCUCCAAGUCACGUAACGGAUCUCCCAUCGGCCUCACAUGUCCCGCCCGUCACUCGGCACUCUCCGACGCCGCCCGUCCCUCUGCCUCCACGCCCGCCCGUCCCUCGGCCUCCACGCCCGCCCGUCCCUCGGCCUCCACGCCCGCCAGCCCGCCCGUCCCUCGGCCUCCAACUGCCCGCUCCCCUCGGGCUCCACGCCCGCCGUCCCUCGGCCACGCCCGGCCCGUCCCGUCCACGCGCCUCCACGCCCGCCCGCCCGCCCGUCCCUCGGCCUCCUCCCUCGGGCUCACGCCCGCCCGGGCCGUCGGCCCCAGCCCGCCGUCCCUCGGCCUCCGCUCCCUCGGCCUCCCCGCCCCCCCCCUCUCGCUUCCACGCCCGUCCCUCGCCUCAGGGACGCCACAGCCCGUCGGGUACGGCCUCCACGCCCGCCUCCGUCCGGCUCGCCUCGCCACGAAAUCCGCCGUCUCGGCAUUCCACGCCCGGGCCCGUCCCUCGGCCUCCAGCACGCCCGCCCGUCCUCGGCCUCCAGCCCGCCCGUCCUGUCGGGCUCCGCACGUGGACCCGCGGCGUCCUCGGCCGUCCACGGCCCGCCCGUCUCUCGGCCUCGCACGCCCGCUGCCCGCCCGGGUCCGUCGGUCAUGGGCACGCCCGGCCCUGUCCGGUCGGCCUCCACGCCCGCCCGUCCUCGCCUCAGUCAGCGCGCGGCCCGUCGCUCGGCUCCAACGGCCCGCACGUCCUGCGGCGUCCACGCCCGGCCGUCCUCGCGCUCCACGCCGCCCGUCCCGUCGGCUCCACGGCCCGCCCCGCCCGUCCCUCGGCCUACACGCCGCGCCGCCCGUCCCUCGGCCUCAACGCCCGCCGCCCGUCCUCGGCCUCCCCGCCCGGGCCCGUGCCCUCGGUCACACGCCCGUCAGUCCUCGUCGGCCUUCCACGCCCGCCCCCCGUACCCCGGCCUCACGAAGAGCAGAACGUACGCUAGUGUUGCCGCCCGUCUCGGCUCCACGGCCCGCCCGUCUUUGGGCUCCCACGCGUCAGUCUUCGGCGCUCACAGCCCGGCCCCCGUCGCCGCGCUCCACGCCCGCCCGUCCUCGGCUCCACGCCCGCUCAGCCGCGCCGUCCCUUGGCCUCCACGCCCGCCAGCCUCCGGCCCGUCCUCGGCCUCCACGCCCGCGCAUAGCGCCGCCCGUCCGCUGCGCUCCACGCGGCCGCCGUCCCUCCGGCCUCCAGACGCCCGCCAGCCCGUCACUCGGCCUACGCACGCCGCACCCGCCCGUCCCUCGGCCUCUCACGCCCGCCGCCGUGCCUCGGGCCUUCCUACAGGCCGCCAGCCCCGUCCUCGGGUUGGCGCUCAUUGCCACGCCGCCCCCGCGUACCCUGUUCGGCCGUCACGCGCCCGCCCGUCCCUCGGCCUCCACGCCGCGCCCCGCCCUCCCUCGGGCCUCAUGGUACGCCGCGCCCGUCCCUCGGCCUCCACCCCGAUCCCGACGCCGCUUCCCUCCCUCGGCCUCCAACGCCGCCCCCCUCCCUCGGCCUCACGCCCGCCCGUCCCUCGCCUCCACGCCGCGGCCGUCCGCCGCCUACUGCCGCCUGCCCGCUCGCCCGCCCGCCCCGCCCCGCACUGGCCCGCCCGUCCCUGCGGCUCCCAGCGCGCCGUCGUACCCCGGUCCCCGCCGCGCCCGCCCGUCCCCCUCGCCCCACGCCCGCCCCACGCCGGCCACGCCGCCCGUCCCUCGGCCUCCAGCGCCCGGCCGGGCCGUCCUUCGGCCCUCCACGCCCGCCAGCCUCCACGCCCGCCACCGCCCGGUCGCCUCGGCUCCACGGCCCCCGCCCGUCCCUCAGGCCUCCACGCCGCCCGUCCUCGGCCUCUCACGCGCCCGUCCCUCUCCCCGUCCGGCCUCCACGCCCGCCAGCCCGCCCGUCCCCUCGGCCUACCACGCCCGCCAGCCCGCCCGUCACCCUCGGACCUCCGCCCGCCCGUCCCUCGGCGCCGCACGGCCCGCGCCCAGCGCCGGCCCGUGCCCGUCGGCCUCCACGCCCGCCCGGCCAGCCCGCUCCGUUCCCUCGGGCCUCACGCCCGCGGGCCCCGCCCGUCCCUCGGCCUCCACGCCGCCAGCCCGCCCGUCCUCGGCCUCCACGCCCGCCACCCCGCCCGUCCCUCGGCCUCCGCCCCGCCCGCCCGCCCUCUCGGCCCUCCAGGCCCGCCCGCCCUCGUCCGCCCGCGAGCCUCCCGCCCGCCCGUCCCUCGGCCUCCACGCCGCCCUCGUCCACGCCCGCCCCUCCUCGGCCUCCACGCCCGCACAGUCCCUCGGCCUCACGCCGCCCGUCCCUCGGCCUCCACGCCCGCCGCCCGUCCCUCGGCUCCACGCCCGCCAGCCCGUCCCUCGUCCUCCGGCCUCCACGCCCGCCCGUCCCUCGCCUCCACGCCCCGUCCUUGGCCUCCACGCCGCCGCCCCCGUCCACUCCAUCCGAGCGCCGUAA